AUGCAUUUUUGGGAUAGUGGUGUUGGUAAAACCUGUGUAUUAUUUCGUUUUUCGGAUGAUUCGUUUAAUGCAUCAUUUAUUUCAACGAUUGGAAUUGAUUUCAAAAUAAAAACAAUUGAACUUGAAGGAAGAAAAAUAAAAUUACAAAUAUGGGAUACUGCUGGUCAGGAAAGAUUUCAUACAAUCACAACAAGUUAUUACCGUGGUGCAAUGGGUAUUAUGUUAGUCUAUGAUGUAACACAAGCACGUUCAUUUGAAAAUAUUAAUAAAUGGUUGCGUAAUAUCGAUGAUCAUGCAUCGGAUGAUGUUGUCAAAAUGUUAAUAGGAAACAAAUGCGAUAUGGAAGACAAACGUUGUAUUACAAAACAGCGUGGUGAAUUAUUAGCAAAAGAACAUUCGAUACUAUUUUUAGAGACAAGUGCAAAAAAUAACGUUAAUAUUGAAAAAUCAUUUUAUGAAAUGGCACGCUUGAUAUUGAAAAAAACGCCAGGUAAUACAAAUAAUCAACCACAAUCAUUACCAGACCCAAAUAGAUCGACUCCAUCGAACUGUUUAAAUUGUAUGUAA